AUGUCUUCUGCAGAUGUGAAGAUUGGUAGGACUACUGAAAGUCAAGGGAGUUCCCCUACCCAUGCCUCCCCGCUUCAACCUCCACCGUUAACUGCCCUCUGCCGCAGUCCGCCAUCUCAGCCACCAGCGGCGAAGGACAACAAUGUGGUGGUGAUCGGCGGUGGCCCUGGGGGCUACGUGGCGGCGAUAAAGGCGUCACAGCUGGGGCUCAAGACUAUGUGCAUCGAGGUUAUGUUCAAGCAAGCGGAUUUGGAUCAGGACGGGAGAAUUAGCGGAUCUGAGACUGUUGCCUUCUUCCGAGGAUUGAAUUUUUCUAUACAUGAAGGAAAUCUAGGUGACUUCUCAGAGCAGAGAGCCACGUGGUUGGUGAAGGAUUUGAUGGGGGUUAUAAAGUACUGCUAUAAGCUGGGAGUUGUGCAUAGGGAUAUAAAGCCGGAGAAUAUCUUGAUGAUGGCUGAUGGGGCAAUUAAGCUUGCUAAUUUUGGAUUGGCUGUGAGGCUUGCCAGUGGUAAUGAUGCUGAAACUCUUUGA